AUGGUCACUAUCGGUGAUGCUCCCGACAGUUUGAAUGAUAACAAAAACGGCACAAACAGUCCGAAGUUUGAGUCUCUUCCAGAGAUCUUUAUUGCAAAUAUCAAUGGUGAAGGGAAGUGCGUUACUUUCGAGGACCAAGACGUUAGCUUCCCUCUUCCGGGUCCCAAGGUCAUUGGGAAGUCUGAUUCCAAGGGAUACAAUUGCACUGAAGAUGCUGCAUUUCUGGACAAGAGUCCAACUAAGCAAGAGCCCAAUCCUAAAAACAACUCAGGCCAGACAACGCUACAUGUGUCCGACCUCAAACUGCAAAUAAUCCCCAUACUUUUCUGUUUGCUGGUGAAUUAG